AUGAUGCACAAGGCGGUUCUGUCGCCCAAGCGCAAACGCGAGCCCUCCGAGUCAGACUACUAUAGCAGCCCCGCCGCCUCACCAACCUCGACGGUGUCCGUCACUAGUUACCAGGAGGCCCGGCUCCGCGAGGAGGAGGAUCUGGGCCGGAACAGUCCGCGCGCCGCGGUGGCCGGGCGAUUUGGAGAAUUAGCUAUUCACGGCGAACGCCUCUCGGAUCCCCCCACAGGCCCGGCUACGCCUCCAGCUUCGGGAUCAUGCUUGUCGGACGGCCAGCAGAACCCGAAACCCAAGCCUGACAUUUUACCCGCCGUCUCCGCUCAGACGGAAUGGGACAACGAGUCGGCAGCCAUUUCUCCUCCAAGAAAACAGGCCGUGCCGUCGUCUCGCAAGCAGCAGAGUCCCGCUUCCUCACCCUCCAAAGCCCGCAAACAACGACUAUCACCACCUCUUCCAGAUCAUAUAUCGGAGGACCCGCUGGUCUGGCAUGACUCGGAGAUUACAGGUCACAGCCCUUCUGAUCCCACCGAUGACGGCUAUGGGAUCAACGGUAUUGGUUUCAAACCGACCGCGGCGAUCGCCUGGGCAAGGUCGCAGAAGCGACAGCAGCAGGUCGCUCAGUGGAAGAGUCGCGAAGCACGGGAGGCCCGUGAGAAGCGACGGCAAAGACGACAUGAAGACGGCGAGCGGGAUAGUAUGCGCAGCAUACAUGAACGCGCAAUCCAGAAGCGGGUCAAAUUCGAUGUUUAA